GAUGCCUGGGGCCCAGGUUGGCGGGAUGCGGCCGAGGACCGAGCGGCUCGGAGAAACAGGAUCCGCCCCACCUGGGAGAUCUGACCUGCUAACAGCAGUGCUGAGAGGUGAAGGAAAGAGGAGACGCCUGCUUCAGCGCGGAUCUUAUUUAACACGUUACCUGCAAGCUGCUAGCAUUCCAUCACGUGUGUAAGGGAAUCGCUGCCCUCCCCCCGCCCCCAGGGCACUGACCCUCGCCCGCUGACCCUGAACCCCUGUGGAUGGGCCCACGGCGCACUCGCUGGGCUCCCACCGCAGGCAGCCUCAGCAUUCUGCAGCUGGGGUGCCGCUACGAGGAAGACAGUAAACUUCAAGUAUGCCUUUUGUUGGAAGUGACCACCACCUCCCUGGCCUGGCCACAGGGUUCUGGACACAAGAAGCACCACCAUGUUUUCCGAGCAGGCCGCGCAGAGGGCCCACACUCUGCUGUCCCCGCCGUCAGCCAACAAUGCCACUUUUGCUCGGGUUCCUGUGGCAACUUACACCAACUCCUCGCAGCCCUUCCGACUGGGGGAGCGCACCUUUAGCCGGCAGUAUGCCCACAUUUAUGCCACCCGCCUCAUCCAAAUGAGACCCUACCUGGUGAGCCGGGCCAAGCAGCACUGGGGCAGUGGAAUCCAAAUAAAGAAACUGUGUGAGCUGCAGCCUGGGGAGAAGUGCUGUGUGGUGGGGACUCUCUUCAAGGCCAUGCAGCUCCAGCCCUCCAUCCUGCGGGAGGUCAGCGAGGAGCACAACCUGCUCCCCCAGCCUCCUCGAAGCAAAUACAUCCACCCAGAUGAUGAACUGGUCUUGGAAGAUGAAUUGCAACGCAUCAAACUGGAAGGCACCAUUGAUGUGUCAAAGCUGGUCACAGGGACGGUCCUGGCUGUGCUCGGCUCUGUGAGAGAUGAUGGAAAGUUCCUGGUGGAGGACCACUGCUUUGCAGAGCUUGCUCCUCAGAAGCCCUCACCAACCCUUGACUCAGACCGGUUUGUGCUGUUGGUGUCUGGUCUGGGCCUAGGUGGAGGCGGUGGCGAGAGUCUGUUGGGCACUCAGCUGCUGGUGGACAUAGUGACCGGGCAGCUUGGGGAUGAAGGGGAGCAAUGCAGUGCUGCCCGGGUCUCCCGGGUCAUACUUGCUGGGAACCUGCUCAGCCACAGCACCCAAAGUAGGGACUCUAUCAACAAGGCGAAGUAUCUAACCAAGAAAACCCAAGCAGCCAGCGUGGAGGCUGUCAAGAUGUUGGAUGAGAUCCUUCUGCAAUUGAGUGCCUCGGUGCCUGUGGACGUGAUGCCAGGCGAAUUUGACCCAACCAACUACACGCUCCCCCAGCAACCACUGCACCCCUGCAUGUUCCCACUGGCCACGGCCUACUCCACGCUCCAGCUGGUUACCAACCCAUACCAGGCCACCAUUGAUGGAGUCAGAUUUUUGGGGACAUCAGGACAGAAUGUGAGUGACAUUUUCCGGUAUAGCAGCAUGGAAGACCACUUAGAGAUUCUGGAGUGGACCCUGCGAGUCCGUCACAUCAGCCCCACGGCCCCAGACACCCUUGGUUGUUACCCCUUCUACAAAAUGGACCCAUUUGUCUUUCCGGAGUGUCCGCAUGUCUACUUCUGUGGCAACACCCCCAGCUUUGGCUCCAAGAUCAUCCAAGGUCCUGAGGACCAGACCGUGCUGCUGGUGGCUGUCCCAGACUUCAGUGCCACACAGACUGCCUGCCUCGUGAACCUGCGCAGCCUGACCUGCCAGCCCAUCAGCUUCUCAGGCUUCGGGGCAGAGGAUGACCUGGAUCUGGGCCCCUAACUCCAAGGCUGUCUCGGACAGAGGGCCCUGGCUAUUCCUUCUCUGUAACAUCAGCACUGUGGGAGCUUUUGCUUUGUAAAUAAAGCCUAUUACUUGAUGCUGAGUUCUUGGGCUAAGGAACUCCUGUGGAGGAAGCCCAUGUAAAUGUGCCUUUUCUU